CCUGUACCGUACACACCACUUUCCACAGGUACGAGAGUAAGGUAGGUAGGCAUCGUAUUGGCCGGCCAGUACUGCACAGAUGCCUUGGUUUAUGCCCAAACCUCUCAAGACCAUUGCAGCUAAUUACCUCCUACCUCUGUCAGUCGAGACUGGGAGCUAAUUAAGUUCAUUGACCCAACCAAGAACAUCCAUUCAUCACCACAUUCGGGUCCACGUCGCACAUCCCGGAAUACGACACACGGCCACUGCCCUUCCCACGACUGCAAACGUCACACGUUCAGUGUGGGAGUUACAUGGCGCAGCCAAUGGAUCCCGUCUCGGCCCUCAGCCUCGCAAAGGCCGCCGUGCAGUUUGUGCAAUUCGCCGCCUCGCUUCUCGAUGAGAGCGAGACCAAGACGGUCUACUCGUCGCCGACCACGACAUCGCGCCGCGGCCAGAGGCUCGAGGCCAUCCACCAACGCCUCACUCUCCUCUGCUCCCAGCUCCGCGCCUAUAGCCCGUUCCAGUCCUCGACAAGGCAGCACAGUCUCAGACGGUCGCGGCCCCAAGCCUACACUUACCCACCCACCCAGCAGGCGGACCAGACUCUGGUCGAGAUCGCCGUUAGAUUCGACGAGGACUGCUGCCAGCUGCUGGUCGUCGUGCAAGACAUCGAGCAGAAGGUCCGGCGCCGCUUGGGCACGAAAUGCGUCUGGCCCAGCUUCCGCAUCGCCAUGUCCGAAAUCAUGACCGAGGAAGAGAUACAGCAGAUGCAGCAGCACUUUGAGAGCUACCGGAAGCUGAUGAUCCUGAAACUGUGUACCGUCUCGAGGGAAGUCGUCGAUUGCACUGAGGCAGGCGCAGAAGUCCUCAGCUUCGAAAUGCGGUCGCAACACAACCAGAGGUCAAAGGAUCUGGACCAGGUAUCGCUGGCAAUCUACGCUGCCCGGGUCCGAAUAAACGAUAUCACGGCAGAUGAGACUAAAACGUCAUUGACUGCCGACGAGAUCUACUCCUCAACAACCCAGGUCUCUCAGCUCUCCGCGAUCGUGAAAGAGCUGGCGAUGGAACAGGAGUUGCUGAGGUCCCUCAACCCCAAUUGCAAACAGCGUCCCGAAAGCCUCGAGGAAAUCGCGCCUUCCCCCAAACCGGUCUUUGGCCGCCUUUUUAAGGACAAAGAGGCAAAGACCGAGUUGGCGACGGGAAAGCGGCUGGAGACGUGGCUGGCUCGCGGAAAAGGCAUAUUCUGGAUCUCUGGACACCCUGGAGCGGGCAAGUCGACGCUGGUCAAGUUUAUCGCCGGCCAUAAGCGCACAAAGGCGCUCCUGUCAAGAUGGGCGGGCUCUCAGCCCAUCGUCGCCACCAGCCACCACCCCCGGAGCGUCGCCAACACGAAGCCGCCGCCGGAGGAGCCACAGAUGUUGCCGGGAGACCAACAGACUUCAGAGGAAGGCCCGCAGGCACAGGGUUCGCGGAAUGACCUGCUCCGGUCUAUCUUGCACGACAUUCUCUGUCAAAACUCGGACCUGAUCCGCGCCGCGUGCGCCGGGAGACGGAAGCGGAUGGAGGAAGGCACACCGACAAACGCCAUCCAAGACUCCAAGGCGUCGGCGGAGACAUCGGUCGCGGCGCUGGCGAAGACGGAGGCGGCAGCGUGGUCGCUGCCCGAACUGCAGUCCAUGAUACGCCGCAUUGCCUCGCAGACCAGGCUUCCAUUCAAGAUCUGCCUCUUCGUCGAUGGCCUAGACGAAUACGGCGGAGACACGGCGCAGCUCUGCAAACAGCUCGGAGAGCUGUCUCGCUGCCCCGAUAUCAAGCUCGUCGUGUCCAGCCAGCCCGGCGGUCACAUUGAAGACAUGUUGGGGAAGAACCCCGACACGAAACUUCUCGUCGACGAGUUGACUAGGAAUGACAUUCGCGCCUUUGCUAAGCGCUAUGUGACCGAAGACAUAAACUGGGAUUGGUUCAUGCUUCACAACGGCCGCGAGCCCGCAAUGACAUUUGUCAAUGACAUCUGUUCUCGGUCUCGGGGCGUGUUUCUGUGGGUUCUUAUCGUGAUGAACCUGGUUCGCGUAGAAAUCGCCAACAACGACAAACUGUCGGUCUCGGAGCUGCGCCAAAUGGUAAACGAGAUCCCGGUGAUCCCCGAGAACCUAGGGGCGUCUAUCCGCACCAUAUUGGAGUCUUCCAAGCCGUCCUGCCAGAGCAAAUUGGCCGGGACAAUGCUGAUAGCCUUGGCAGCCUCGGGGCAGCCUCUCCCUGUGACGGUCUACAGUUUUCACGAGGUCGGUUACCAGCGCCCAGGCUAUGUCUUUAAAGAAGAAACGAAGCCGUGGAGCCAGGAUGAGCUAAAAGACUUCAACCUCUCCUUCACUCAGCAGCUCAAGUCUCGGUGCAGCCGAUUCCUCCAACUCCGGCUACACAAGGUCGAGUUUCUCCAUCCAACCGUGCGCGACUUUUUCCUGUCGGCAGACAUGACAGGGUUCCUCGUCAAAAAGGCACCAGCGGCUUUUGACAGCUCGCUGGCCAUCGCCACGGCCUACGCCGCUUUGAUCAAGCACAAGAGAUUCCACGGCGGCAAAUACCCCGUUCAGGACGGUUCGGGCCCACUCCUUCCUCCAGAGCACAUGCAUUACGCGCUGGACGAGAUGUUCAAGCACGUCCGCGCCGAACGCGCCGAUAGUAGUGCGCGUAUUCACGAAGUCCUCGACGAGGUCGAGCUAUCCCUCAACACCCAUUUCCCACCACAACCCCAGGACGAGGCGAAACCCGAACAAGGCAGCCCCAGCCGAGCCUCAGCCGUGUUCCGGCAGCGGAUCCUCCGGGGAAACCUGGCCGGCUACGUGACCGCCAAGCUCGGCGCCGACAGCGCUUACCUCGACAACCAGCUUACGCCGCCGCUAGCCGUGGUGCUCGGCCUCGAGCGGAGCGUCCCGGUGCCCGACGAGAACUGGGCCGCGAAAGCGCCCCUCUUGCGCGAGCUGCUCCGGCGCGACCACGACCCCAACCAGCAGUACACAUGGACCGGCGGCGGCCGCGGAGCAUGCACGCUGUGGCAGGAUAUAAUGUCGGAAACCCUGGAGCAGCUGAUGGCGGAAAACCUGAAGGAGCCCGCGGCCACCCCGAACUUCGCCGCGCAGAUGAUAGAAGCGGGCAUCGUUUCUCUGCUGGUCGACUACAACGCCGACGUCAACGCGCAGUUGACCCCCGGGGGCCUGCGGGGCCCGCCGGUAUGGGCCGGGCUAAUCCUCGCCUGCAUGGAGAGCCGCGAGUCCGCCACCGUGCUCGUCGGCUGCAAGGACGCGUACAUCCGGGCUGCGGAGAAGAUGCUGGCCCGGGCGCGCUUCGACGACCAGGCGGAUCUCUGGCUCAUGAACGAGCCUACCCCGGCCAUCCUACCACCGCUGCGCAACGCCGAGGUGAAAGUCACGGCGCGGCAGGCUGUGCUCGGCCUGAUCUCGGCCAGGUUGCGGCACCUCGCCAAGAAGGGCGCGUUGCGUCCGCCUAGUGACCAGCGCUUUGAGCUCUUAGCCAAGAUAAUCGAGGUGUUUGUCAAGCACGCAGCGGCCUCAAUAGCAGGCACAGGGACUGCAGGCACAAAAAAAACUUCCAGCCGCGUGUCGGCGGCGGUGGUUGACGAACUGCAGAGCACCAUCCGCGCCGUGUUCCCGCGGGACAUGGCCGAGUCGCUCACUGGGUUGGUCCGCCGCCGGUUUCCGGAAUCCGCCAACCCCAACACCACCAACAAUAACAUACGCAACGGUGUGGAGCGAGACCCAGCGGAUCCCGCCGGCGCCGGCGAGACAGAGGACGACGACGGGCCGCAGAGGAAACGGCUCCGCGCCGUGGCGGACUGGGUCGCGCUGGAGCGGACCAGGGUCAACCAGCUGAGGCGGGGCGAGAUGUAGUACAUAAUUAAUACUAUAGAAGAAUUAAAGGAUGUUGAUGCGCGGCAUUGGGGGCAUUGCAUCGUACGUACAUAGUUAGACGUACCAUACCCAACGCACGACGGGCGGGAUGGCAUCUCUACGAGUCUUCUUUGUACAAU